AUGGUGCCACCCUCUUCGUCGUCGAAAAAGUUGUUGUUGACUCAACGGAUUGCCAAGUUACAACAACAACAACAACAACAACAAGGAGGAACAGACAUUAUCAAUAAUCCACAACAAUCACCCUCUCAUCCCAUCAACAACAGCAAAACGAAUCAUUCCGAUCCGAUCAGUGAUGAUUCUGCUGCCAAUAAUGCUACUACAACAAGUUGUUGUUCAAAAAAGACAACGAGUGGUAUCUCCUCUUCCUCAUCAUUAACCUCCUCAUCAUCAUUAACUUUAUUAACCUCCUCAUCAUCAACUUUAUCAUUACCAACUUUAAAGAAACCAAUCAAACCCAACAACAAACCCAUCACCAUUCCUUCUGCUCCUCAAAAAGUAAUGAAAUUUACAAAUAUGGUUAAUUUACAAUCCUUAGAAAAAAGUAUUCCUCUUUCAUCCAAUAUUCAACAUUCUUCAUUGGAUGGAAAAGAAGCUCCACUUGCACUCACCAUUUCACAAAAAAAAGAAUUAAAAAAACAAACUCAUUUACAAUUUAUGAAUGAAUUAAAAGAAAUGAGUUUAGAUUUGAAACAAACAAGACAAGGAGAUGCAUUUGAUAUUGAAAGUAAUCGAUACAUUUCAAGAAAGAAUGAAGUUCAAAAAGAAAUGGAUCAAUUAACAUUUGAAAUGAAGAAAUUUGUAUUUGAACAAACUCACAAGAAUUCUUCAAAUGGAUCAUCACCACUCAAUGUGAUGAUGGAUGAAUCAUCCAAAUUAAAAAUUAAAAGAAUGAUGCAAGAAGAAUAUAAACUUGCAGGAAAAGAUGUUUCAAAAUCAAUAUUCAAAGAUGAUUUGAAAUCAACAACAUCUCAACCAUACAUGAAUUAUAGAGAAUUUAAAGACAAAAAGAAACAAGAAAAAGAAAUACAAAGACAAGAAACAAGAGAAAUGAUACGAAAUGGAAUUUUAGAUAAAAAACAAAUUCGAAAGAAACGUCUCAUGGAACAACAACGCAAACAAAAUGAAACUCGAAAAUUCUAUGCUAAAUAUGGAUCACCCAAUGAAGUAGGACAAGCUCAAGUCAAAUCCAAGUAUGGUAAAGGUGGAAUGGUUGGUAAAUGGAAAGGUGGAAUGUUACAUAUUAGUAGAGAGGAUUUAUCAAGAUUGAAAUAA